AUGGCAGACUCUGCUCUCCGUGCCAAGCAGGAUUCAGAACCCAUCGACAUGGUCAUUCAGCUAAUAGAGCUCCUUAGAAACGUCCCAGCAUUUCCUAAGGCGCUCCCGAGACCGCUUUCGAUUCUCGCCAACUACUCUCUCAUGGUUGAAUGCAACUCAGAAUGGAUAACGACGAAUAACCCAGAUUGUGAUCAACCAGUGAAGAUAAUAAAGCACUAUCAAAUACCUGGAUUGACUUUGAACGAGCUGAGUUUAUACGUCCACGAGCGAGAUACAUCAAGCGAAGACAGAGCUAGCGAGAUUGGUGGUGAAGCAGGGAGUAGUCGCUUCUACAGAUGCCGACCUAACUCGGCCCGGAACGCGUAUGAGGAGCGGAAGAAGUCUGAUAGCAGGAUGAACUCGCUCCGGAAGUCGUCACUGAUGAGCCUCGUCAAUCCAGUAACCCUCGUUCGACGAGUAUCCACCAGAUCUCACCGCGUUAUUCACAUCCGGAAUUGA